GGGUGAACCCAUCCGUCUGCGGGCUUGGCUGGGGAGAGGCAGAGUACGUCCACGUGGCCGCCUCCAUAUCUGAGGCUGAAGAGGCUGAUGGGCCAGGCAUGGUGGGCGAUGUGGACAUCUUUGCCGCGCCGAGUGGUGAGGAUGGGCCAGUCGAGCACGCUGCCAUCCAAGUCCAAGGAGUACGCACCGUCCCUCUUGCUGGCGCCACGGCUGCGGACGACGACAUGAUAUUCGCCAGGAUGCGCUGGGCCAACGGCAUUCCUGGCGGUGACGCGAUGGACUUUGAUGCCGAGACGACGCCGCUCGAGCGAGACCUCGUCGAGGCUGCCGAGCGGGCCGCCAUCUUCUACCGGUGCAAAUACAAGCAUGCUCGCAAGGAGUGGGCCGACGACACUCUAGACGAUGUCCUCACCGCUACUGAGCCCUUCAAGAACUACAUCGAGGUCCGCAUCAUCCACAAGGUCGGCGAGAUUAUGUCUCGCGUCUUUGACGGUGAGGAUGUCGUUCCGGAGGAGCAACCGAUCCCCUCCGAGCUUCUGGCAGAGUACUAUGCCGACGCCGUCGGCGUGCAUCCCUCUGGUCAGUGGCUGGGCCGAGGUGUGAAGCAGCUCGCCCACCGCUACCCGAACAUGAACAUCCUCGAAGGGUUCUCGUCGUAUACCUACACGGACAUCUCGGCCGACUUCUUCGAAGAGGCCACCUCCAUCUUUGCACCCUACAAGAAACGUAUGACUUUCAAGACACUUGACGCUGCGCGAGACUCGGUUUCCCAGGGGUACACUCCCAGGUUGUACGGUCUAGUUGUUAUGUCGGCCGUCAUCCACGCGACGCCGAGACUAGAGCAGACUCUACGCAAUCUUCGUCGUCUCCUACGCCCCGGCGGCUUCCUCAUCAUCAACGAAUCCACCAGCAGCGCCUGGGCCCGCGACGGCUUCGUCUUUGGCACAAUGCCGGGCUGGUGGUCAGGCGCCGAGGAAGGCCGUGCCCUCUCUCCACUCGUGCCGCCCGAGCACUGGGACGAGGUGUUAAGGAACAGCGGUUUCUCGGGCGUCGACACCAUCACGCCUGACACGUUCCAGGAGGCGCACUCUAACGUCGUUUUCGUCUCGCAAGCCGUCGACGACACGGUCUCGUUCCUGCGCGAGCCGCUGUCGGCCCCCCUCCCCGCCACAGUCUACGCAGGAGGCGACGGCGCAAGUCUGGAGGACCUGGUCAUCAUCGGCGGGUCUACGCUCCGUAUGGGUCGCGUCGUGUCGGACCUGAAGCGAGUCCUUGGGGCUCACGUCUCAGGCAGCAUCACCGCUUUUAAGAGCCUGCUGGACCUGCCCGUAGACUUCAACCCGUCGCCGGACGCCUGCGUGCUGGACAUGUCGGGGCUUGACGUCCCCGUGUUCAAGGAUCUGAUAGCCGCCGGUUUCGACGCGCUCAAACGGCUCGUGGCCGUCGAGCAUACCCUCCUCUGGGUCACGCGCGGCAAGCUGGCAGGCGACCCCGCGGCCAGCAUGAGCGUGGGAUUCCUACGCACCGCCACCCACGAGGUGCCUGGCCUGCGUGUGCAGUGCGUCGACCUCGACCCCGGCUCCGGCAACGGCCAGGUGGAUGCCUCUGUCCUUGCAGAGACGCUGCAGCGGUUCUGGCACCUCGCACGGAUCUAG